GUUGGAUGAAGGCAAGGAUGAAUUCUCUCAAUGGCAAUCAUAUACCCUCUGAUGCUCAUCAGAUAGCCCAUGCAAGCAUUGCUGAAUUCUUGGAUCGGAAUGGGUAUACCUCCACGUUAGAAGCUUUUCAACAAGAAGCAUCGAAAAAGGUAGGAUGGACAUGGAAUAAUGGAGAAGGUGAAAGCUCAACACAAGCAACUUUAGACGAGUUCAGGUUAGAGAAUAUUAUUGAGAAACAUCAAUCGAUCCUAUCUUCUGCGAAGCAAAGGCGAGCAAAUGAGCUACACCGACUUGCAGCACAACGAUCACCUUUGGACCUUUCACUUGCUGGUCCUUCAAAGCUUCCAUUCCGCCUAAAGGAUGUUUAUUCCAAGCUACAUGCUUCCAAUAUUCUCUCUUUGUCGCUCGUUGAUCUUCCUAAUAGAUCAUUCUCAACGUCUGAAGCACGAUAUAUCAGCUCUACAAAAAGAUUGAUAUGUUCAACCGGCGCCGACCGAAACAUCAUAUUCAGCGAUCCAGUCGAUGGAGAAAUGGUGGAAUCCUUUGAAGGUGGUCAAGGUCAACUUGAUCAAGCUAAACAUGCCGCCGCAGUCCUAUGUACAGCACAAAAUCCCAAUAAACAAUUCCAGAGAGAAUUUGUCACUUGUGGAAUGGAUAGCAAGGUGAUCGUUUGGGAUUUGUUGCACGGUAAAGCGAUUCAAUUGAUACAGACUCAUUCGAAGUUUGUCGUCAGAUGUGCAUUUUCACAAAGUGGACAGUAUUUGGCUACAUGUAGCUAUGAUAAGACCAUCUGUGUCUUUAAGCGAAAUGGUGAAGAAUUGCCAAGGAAUGUCGCUGGCGAUGAGGAAGAUGAUUUGGACAUGCCACCUCUUUUGAAAACACAGUACACCUUGGUACACACUGUCAAGACACGCAAUAAUCCUGAAAGCAUCGUAUUCGUCCGAUCAGCCCUUUCACCAGAUCAAUCUGAUCCUGGAACUGAGGAAACUCAGACUGCUCUUGUCUCACAAACGGGCGUACCUGCUGUCAGCGAUUCGCCAAGCAUUUUAUCCAAAAAGCGAACAUGGCUAGCAUACACCAUGCGCAGUGACUGUUUCGUUCAUUAUCUGGCACUCCCUCUAGAUGCAGAUGAAGAGCGUGCUCCGGGAGAAGAGGCAUCGGGAGAAGGUAUCGAAGCUGUGUCCUCAAAGCUAGGGGAGCUCAAUGUAACGGAGCAGGAUACUCAGAACACCAAAGCCACCCCAGAAUGGACCGAGCUCGCAUUCAACACAAAUGCGAGCCGAAGUGACUAUCACGUAAGCUAUUCUUUGCUUCAUCUCACUUUGCAUCCAUUGGGCAAUCAUCUGGCAAUUCAAACAGGUGACCACAGCAUUCCAUCAACAGGAUAUGCACCUGCUUCCUCCUCCCUUUCCCGAAUCAUAAUCAUGCCCCUUCUUUCGUCAGAGAGGACGACAACAAUCUGGACAGGUGUUGCAUCAAGCGGUUUCGCAGCUAAUAGACAUGUUUGGCUCAAGGAUGGAUCGGCCGUUUGGUUGACGAGCGAGGACGGUAUCCUUCGUUUAGUAGAUACGCAUGGUAAAACGAGAGCUACAGUAUAUGCUCACGGUAUUGCCGCUUCAGCUGGAGAGUCUAAUGGAAGCGCGAAUUUGGACACUGAAAUGCGCUCAGCAUCUUCUUGGAGUCGUGGUGGGAAUACGAUUAUCAAAGAUGUUGUCGUCUUGGACGACGAAGGUAGUGUCGCCAGCUGUGGAUUUGACCACACAGUUCGAGUCACUUCGCUGGAACAGUCAUAGCAUAGUUACAAUUGAUGUACUUUGGCAAGGUGGUUCAAUAGAAUGUCUCUUAUAGAUUGCUAAAGCAGUGACUUCGUAGCCACAUUUUAGUGGCCAGAACAUAUGAU